CAUAGGUUUUCGACCGUUAACUACAUUUUAUAGUUUCUUAGAAUUAUCUAAAUAUUUCUAAAAUGCAACACUUCCGCAGCUUUUAAAAUCAUCAAGAAUUAUACCAAAUUUUGAAAAGCAUAAGACAGAUAAUAAAAAUUUUAUGAAAAUGACUGAGUCGUUGGAUGACUUGUUCAACACUAUCCAGUUAACAGAGCAAGAAUCUGAGGCACAACAUCAACAUUUAGCUAAUCUUAAAAAGAAGAUAGCAGAUUCUGAAAAAGAAAUAAAAGAAGUGGAAAAAAUUUGCAGUUCGAUUCGACAGAAUUCAUCAGAAAUGGCGAAAAAGCUAAGCUACCGUGAAGUAUCAUUGAAAUCCUUAACAAUAAGAAAGGAAAUUCUCGGAGAAAGAAUAAAGGAACUCAAAUCAGAGAAUGAAAUUUUGAAAAGAACCGAAGAAGAAUUGAAAGUUCACUUGAAGUCUAUUAGAGAACAGUUUUUUUCUGAUGCUGCUCAGUUUAUGAAGGAAUUUCGAUGUUCUUUACAACAAUCUGAAAUGGAUACUCAUGGUUUAAAUGAUGACAGUGUAAAUGAAGAAAGAAGUUACCCACCAGAGAUACAACCAAAUAAUGACGGGAAAAAUGAUGAGUACAUGUCAGAAUUAGAAGGUAUAGACACUUCAUUAUUUGAUGCAGACUUUUAACCAAAGUGAUAUAUGAAAAAUGUAAGGUUAUGGAUUUUAACAGAAGUUAUAUUGCAUAAUCUACUGAAUCAUUUACUUUGCUCUUUAAAAUAAUUUAAGAAGCUCUUUUAAAUUCAUACCUAAAAAUUAUUAAUAUUACAAUUAAUAUGUUCUUAUUGUUUAUUCAA